GUAGACAGAUUCAAGGACGUAACAUUGUCAUGUAUAGUGUGCUUGUUGAUUAUUUAACCUAAAAUAAUUGAAUUCUCAAGUCUAAAUUAUAUUUCAAUAAAACUAAAUUAUAGACUAAAUUAAUUACGUGUAUUGUUCAUAAUUUAAAUUGUCUUAUACCAUAUGUUUGAUCAGUUUCUUAAGUUUUAAAACACAGAAUCCUGUAAUAUAGUUUCAAUGUUGUAUAACUUAUUCAUAUGAUAUACCGAAUGAUAUUGAUUUAAAGAGAUAAUAUAUACUAUUCGGUUAUUAAUGCAGAAAAAAUACGUUUAUUACGACUAUAAAUCAUUCACGUGUGUUAAUUGUACAAAGUGAUUCAUUUUAUCCAAUGGACUUACUAAUAUACGUUUGUUAAAUGAUUGUGGUAGAACGCAUUUUAUUACAGAUUCUAUUAACUUUAGUAUUAGCUAGUUAUAAAUAAAAUCUUCAUCCUUAAUUAUUACUCGUAUAUGUAUAUACAUUACUGAUGGAUUACUUCUAAAAAGCAUUCAUUACUGGAAGUUGUUUGAUACUAGUCCACUUAGAGUAGAAUAACCUUCGAUAAAAGUCUAAUUAGAGGAAUAUCAUUGAGGUAAAGUAGUAGCUUAAUUGUUAAAUCCUUUUCAAUUUUUGGUUUGCAAUUUCGAGUCCUCAACCAACUUGGGUUUGAGCAACUUGUUAAUAUAUCUAGCUUAUACUAAGAGUUUACCUUGAAGCUGAAUACAUAAACAUGAACUUGAUAAGUGAUUUACAUUAGUAAUUUUUAAUUAUUGCACUGAAUGGAUCCCAUGCGAAUAUUUUUAAACUUCCCUAAAAAUGGUUGGUCAUUUUAAGGAAUCAUUUUAUGUCUAGUUUGGAAAAAAUGUGUAAAGUUAAAGAGACAUGGUGCUUAAAUGGUUUUGUUAAUAUAAAAACAGCUUCUGGUUGUUACGAUCCAGUUCUUUGAUAGUUGUAGUUUUAGCCCCUCUGAUCAUUUCAAAAAAAUUCAAUAGUUCUCUACAGUAAACUGUUAAAAUGUUACUUUCAGUGUGAAUCAUCAAGAAAUAUAUAUUAGAUCAUUUUCUCUUCUCUACACUUUAACUUCAUUAUUUUAUUGACAUUCAAUUUAGUGAAUGAAUAAUUCGUAAUCAGUUCUAGUAACGGACUCAUCUAGUGUAGACGUAUGAACGUGUAGUACUAAGGAGUUGCACAUUAAUUUGAAGUGAAUAUCAUGUUAUUCUUGGUUUUUAAUGUCUCUCUAGUUGAUAUACAUUCAUCGAUUAGACUAUCUGUUUAUUAUUUUUUUUUGAUUAAGACUUUCGUUUAAUUACAUUGAAUUAUUUGUUUAUUUAUUUUGUUCUAGUUAUCAGUCCCUAAUGCCAUCAAAUAAUAAAAGUGCACUCCGUCAAACCAAUAGAAAUUUACGAGCAGAAAUUGAUGUACUUAAAGCACAAAUUGUACAAAUGAAAAAUGACUUAUCACAAUCUCAUACUAUUCGUCCUAAAAUUGAUCAAAUGAGUAAUGAAGUUGUCGACUCUAAUCCAUAUAGUCGUCUUAUGGCACUUCAACGUAUGGGAGUUGUUACAGAUUAUGCUCUAAUUCGAGAAAAGACUGUUGUUAUAGUUGGUAUUGGAGGUGUUGGCUCAGUGACUGCUGAAAUGCUUGUUCGAUGUGGAAUUGGUCGUCUGAUUUUAUUUGAUUAUGAUAAAGUGGAGUUGGCCAAUAUGAAUCGAUUAUUUUUUCAGCCUCAUCAAUCUGGUUUGAGUAAAGUUGCAGCUGCAGCGUCUACUCUAAGUUUUAUCAAUCCAGAUGUACAAAUUGAAGCACAUAACUAUAAUAUAACUUUAGUAGAGAAUUUUGAUCAUUUUCUUAAUCGUUUAAAGCAUGGUGGUUUGAAAGAUGAAAAUCCUGUUGAUCUUGUAUUAAGUUGUGUUGACAAUUUUGAAGCUCGUAUGACAAUCAAUAAAGCGUGUAAUCUUCUUGGUCAAGUUUGGUAUGAAUCUGGUGUCAGUGAAGACGCUGUUAGUUGCCAUAUUCAACUUAUGUAUCCUGGUCGAACACCAUGUUUUGAAUGCCUGCCACCAUUAAUUGUGGCCAGCGGUUUGGAUGAAAAAACUCUUAAACGAGAAGGAGUAUGUGCAGCAUCACUUCCUACUACAAUGGCGCUUGUUUCUUCGUUAUUAGUUCAGAAUACUUUGAAAUAUCUGCUGAAAUUCGGUGAAGUUUCCAGUUAUUUAGGUUAUGGAGCGGCUAAAGAUUCAUUUUAUCGUGUUGAAUUGAAAGCAAACCCAGAUUGUGCUGAUUCAUGGUGUAACCAGCGUCAAACUGAAUGGCGUAAUCACUUACAAAAAUUAAAUCUUCCACUUGAUUCCCCUUGGGAUAUUGAAGAACGUCUAAAAGCUAAUCAAAUUAAACAUGAAAAACUUAAAGAAGCAUUAUCCAAGUCAAAACAUGAAGAAAAUGAUUUUGGCAUUGAAUUAGAAUCAGAAUCAUUGAGUUUUACAGAAUCUACUUGUAAUAUAAAACAUGAUUUAUCCAAUUCAAAUUCUGAAGGAGUUGGUGUAAAAACAUUAUAUACAGUGAAUAACAAAAAAAUUGAAUCAAACUCUCAAGAGACAUCUGAUUGUUUUAUUUCACAGACAAAUGAUAGUCUCGAAUCACUCAUGGCUAAAAUGAAAAAUUUGUAA